AUGUCGCGACCCCGUUCACAAUCGCUUCCAGUAAUCAACACGCCACAGCGAUAUCCUCCGUACCAAUAUCAGCGCCUUUCCUCCCCGCGGCACAUCCGAAUCAUCCAACUGCUAGGCUACGACCCUAUCCUCUCGCGCGUUUUCAUCAAUAUAGUAGAGCAUGACCUCUCCACGUUACCGAAGCGCUUCACUGCACUCUCAUACACCUGGGGCUCAGCCAUCGAGACAUUUGAAGAGAUGCAUCACUCAGCGAUCAUCGGCCCCGACAAAGCGCGUUUGUCAAAGAAUCCGCGCGACAUUGAGCUAGUUGUUGUUCCGCCAGAAGCCCUUGAGACCUUCAAGCGCAGCGAUGAUGCCUCAUUGGAUCCCCGAGGAUCCAUGGUCGACUUGUACACCACCCCGGUCACCACCAUCACUGUUACGGGCAACCUGUCGAACUUCUUCCGGACGUAUAUGAUCCAGACAUGGCCGAGGAGGCACGCCCAAAGUCAAGCUUGUUGGGGACCCACAAUCAGCUUGGAGGAAAGCACCAAUUUCUGGAUUGAUGCCGUGUGCAUUGAUCAGAACAAUGACGAGGAAAUCGCCGCCCAGAUUCCCAUCAUGGGAGAGAUCUACUCUUCCUCUGGCAGGGUAUUGGCAUGGCUUGGGGCCGAUGAGGCAAGAUUCAGCGUGUUCAGAUGGUGGCAUGACACGGUCUACCCAAGAAUGCGGCAUGUUUUGCACCGCGCUGGGGAAAAGGGAAUUCUGUCUCUCAGGGCCUCCAGUUGCUUUGAUACCGAACUCUGGGCGAAUGUUUUUGGAUUGACUCCUCCGGUUGAGCUGGGAGUUGCGAACUGGCUUGAUGCAUGGACGGAAUAUUGGGCAUUCUACCGCACAAGGCGUUAUUUUCACAGGGUCUGGAUCUGCCAAGAGAUUGUCCUCGCAGACCGCCUACAGACAUAUUGUGGAAGUGGAGAGCUAAGCUGGGGCGACAUGAUUGGCUUUACGACUUUAUUGGGGACAAUACAUUGGGUUGACGCUAUUGGCACCCAGUGCCGAGUGAAUCUUCCCCUUGAGUGGACUCCAUCCAUCCGUGGUUUCGGUAUUGGCGACCUCUUUGAGGUUCAACAACAACAAAACAGCAAGAUUUGGCAAAGUACCGGUUGGGUCCGCCAAUGGUUCGCCACUAUCUCAGCCGUCCGCCGCCGCGGUUGUUUUAAACCCGAGGAUAGAGUCUACGCUACCGUCGGUAUCCUUCAGCAACUCUUACCCCCCAACACCCCCUUGCCGAUCCCCAUCGACACUACCCACACACCCGAGCAGCUCUUCACCUUCACCGCCGCCGCCAUCCUCAAGAACUGGCCAGAGCUCUCGAUCUUUGCCUUUCUCGAGCACAACGCCUCCCGUGCUUUCUCGUCACUGCCAACGUGGGUUCCCGACCUGUCGAUCGACGACUUUCCCUGGCCGCUGGGUCCUUUCGACACCUACUUCGGAGCCGGGAUCGCCACUUCCGCUCCACUGAAGGAGCUCUCAGUAAACGAUUGUUUCCAAGCCCGUGCUACCGCCCCAAUUCCAUCGUUUCGACAUAUCGACCCGAUCAAAGGACAGUUUGCCUUGCACGGCAGCAAGCUAGAUACCAUCAAGCAAAAGUACCCCUGUACUCAUGUUUACGAUAUGAAGCUCGCCGAGCUGGCGAUUGAAGUGUUGGCCAACCUGCCCGUACACUACGCACACGACUUGGUCCAGGAAGAAGAGACGGGAGCGACGCGGGGACAGUGUAGGGUGGAGGCCUUGAUACAUACAAUGACCUGUGCUGGGAUGGGGUUUUCUUCUUCUCGGGGCUCGAUGGAGAAGACUAGCCAAUUGUUCCCUUCGUUCAGGAGCUGGUUGUUGAUGAGUCUGUCGCAGGUGUGGUCUGGGAUUGACCCGGUGGACAGGUUGCAUCCGGCACAUACGGCGAGGGAUGACGUGGAGCUGCAGAAAAGGAGGGCUAAAAUGAUGGAAACGAUGACGAAUGUAGGAAUGUCGAGCAAGUUCAUGCCUUGCAUGAAGGAGAUUGAAGAGAUGGCAAGUAUGAUUAUCGCGGCGGAUAGAGGAGAGGGGCAAUGGCCUGGGUUGCUUGAGCAGCCACUGGAAUUCAGUGAUCAGAUCAGGAGGGUUAUGACGGACAGGUGUUUGUUCACCACGGAGAAUGGUUGGUUGGGGAUCUGUUUGGAUACUGCUCUGGAAGGCGAUGAGGUGUGGAUUUUGGAGGGUGGGGCCGUACCAUACGUGUUGAAGAAGAGCGGGAGUGAGGUGGAAGUCAACAUUGAGAUGGCAGGCGGUGAAACACGAACAUCGAAGGCAGAAGGAAGAAUAUUUGGCGGCGAGACAUAUGUCCAUGGCGUUAUGAACGGCGAACUCCUUGACAAGGCUAGAACAGGGGCGGUCCAGUGGGAAGAGGUGGUGUUGAUUUAA